AUGGCGACUCUCGAUUUCGAUGAAUAUGAGCUACGUCAGUACAGUGCAUCGAGCUGGAUGUCCACUAACACAGCAGGAGUGGACUACAGUAAGGCCUCCAGUACCAACUUCAUGAGACUGUUCAGAUACAUCAGUGGAACCAACACCGACAAGAAGAAGAUAGCAAUGGCGGCCCCAGUGCUGACUAUGAUCACGCCCGGUCAGGGCCCCGUCUGUGAGAACAACUUUACCAUGUCAUUCUUCAUGUCCCCUGAAGUCAAGACUCCCCCCACCCCCACAGAGAAAGGGGUCUUCCCCCAGGAUAUGCCAAACAUGAACGUUUAUGUUAGGUCAUUUGGUGGAUAUGUUAGAGACAUUAAGGAAUGGAUUAAAGAGGCCAUUAAGCUCGGUCAGGCGAUCGGGGACACCAGUAAAUACCACACUGAGUUCUCCUACACUGCCGGUUAUGACAGUCCAUUCCGAUUCCUCAACAGACACAAUGAAAUCUGGUUCAUCGCCAAACAGCAAUAG